AUGGUUGAUAUCCAAGCUGAAUCUACUUCGAGUUCUUCUCAUCUUCAUGCUGAUCCCACAUCAGUUCGAAUAGAUUUUGCCAGUCCUUUUUACUUACAUAUAUCAGAAAGUGUUGGAUCUUCUCUAUUACCUGCAGUUUUUGAUGGUACAAGUUACAGAUCUUGGAGAAGAGCUAUACUUAGAGCUUUAUCAGUGAAAAGCAAAACAAGAUUCAUUAAUGGAACAAUUGUGCGACCUGCUCCUGUUGAUCCUGGUUUUCUGCAAUGGGAACGAUGUGAUGACAUGAUAACUUCUUGGAUCCUGAAUUCAUUGUCUCCUGAUCUACGUGACAGUCUGCAAUAUGUAAACAAUGCUCAUGAACUUUGGACAGAGUUGGAAGAAAGGUACGAUCAAACCAAUGGGUGCAAACUAUAUCAGCUACAAAAAGAGAUCAAUGACCUUGUCCAAGGUCCUCUAGACAUUACUGGCUAUUAUACAAGAAUGAAGAAGUUGUGGGAAGAAAUGAGCACUAUAGAUGUCAAUUCUCAAUGUACAUGUGUGUGCACUUGUGGUGUUAAGACCAAGUUGCACAAAGCUGAACAGGACAUGAGACUCUUACAUUUCUUAAUGGGUUUAAAUGAGAUGUAUACAUCCAUCAAAGGCAAUAUCCUUAUGAUGAGUACACUUCCAAGUAUGACACAUAUUUUUGCCAUCUUAUCCCAAGAGGAGAAGCAAAGGGAAGUGAAGCCCCACAAUCACACAGUUCUUGACUCUACCUCACUAAAUGCCUAUGGCCAGUCUAGCAAUAGUGCAGUACUUAAAGAUCUUAAGACUAACUACAGUUCCACUAGGGGAGGUGGAAAUAACUCUGGAAACUUCAAUAAUAACAAUGUGUUUAGGGAUUGGCAAUGGAAUUCUAACUCAGACAAUAUGAUGAGUGGAGCUGUGAACUUGGCAGGGCCCUUCUCUGAAGAGCCCUUUGGAUAUUGGUAA